CUCUCACGCGCUGUGAAGCGGGCGUGAAGCGGCGUUAACCGGCGCGCUGCCCACCUACGCCGCGUAAUAGAUCCAGACAGACGCUAUGCACCGGCUGUGCGACCACUGCGAUCGGACGCGCGUGUCUCCGGCAGCCACCGCAGCUGGGGCUGCCUCCUCCAGCCUGCCCCCACGCCGUCGACGCGUCGUCUAAGUGAGUGCUCGACCCCGUGCCGCAUCGCAUCGAUGGGCGGGGGCAGCCGUGCGGGCCAUCGCUUGGCGAGGGCAGCCCUGCUGUGUGCCGCCUUUGCCGCCGCGGGCAGCGCGACGCCUGCGACGGACAACGCGACGCAUACGAUCGUCGCGACGGUCCUCAACGGGAAAUACGCGCCCCUCUUUGAAUUGUGGCAUCCGCGCUUCGCGGCGGCGACGGAUGCUAGAGUGGAGCUCGUCGUGGCCUGCCUCGACGACGACGCCGUGGCCGCCGUGCGGCGACUGGACACGCGCGCGAGGACGCUCGAGGCGACCGGAGGGGCCCACGACGUCGCGGCGGCGCGGCUCGCCAAGGUUCAUACGGUCCUGCGCCUCGUGCGCGAGGAGGCCGCGGGAUCGAAAAGGCUGGUGAUUUAUAGCGACGUCGACGCGUUCUGGCUGCAAUCACCAAUCUCGCGCCUCCGCCGCAUCGAAGCGCCCCUGGCCUUCAGCCGCGACGGCGUGGCGACGGCGGCGGGCUUUGAUGGGAAGCGCGGCUUCGCGCUCUGUGCCGGUUUUUUUGUGGCGCGGCCGACGGAAGCGGCGGCGUCGUUCCUCGACGCGUGGCGGCUCAAAGGCCGGGGCGGCCGGAGCUCGGACCAGGUCGCCGCGAACGAGCUGUAUGACGAGGGUGUCGGGAUCAUCGCGGACGAGGUCGUCGACCGGUGCCCACGGGGCGCGGUGCCGGCCGUGUGGCACCCGUACUCGCCGGCGCAAAUAUCAGGAAAGGUGUUUUUCUGGGGCAGGGUGCUCGCGAAGAUCGCGAGCGGCGACGGGGACGCGUUCGCCGGGGUCCGGUGCUCGUGGGGCGGGCGGCAUAAGGGACGCAACCGGCGCGCGGGCGGGGUUGUGACUGCGCGUCGAUGACGUCGUGGGGG